CCCAGUGUCAACAAGCAGACCAGUGGAUGAAGCUUGGUCCCAGAUACACAGAGACGCACACCUGUCAACUGUGAGUGGAACCCCCAAAGAGCGGGCAUUGAAAUAUUACUGGAUAGCAGAGACGCCCAAACAUACCUGGGAGAUAGAGAGAUUAGAAAAUGGACUUCCUCCUCAAUUUCCUGUUCAGCCCACUGCCCACCUCAGCCAUUGUCUUCUUGUUUGCUCUGAUGGGGGCUGUAUUGGCAUACCUAAACACCAGGCCAAAACCACUCACCAUACAUGCUGACCUCAACUGUCAGACUGUAGGAGUCAAGGAUGGCGCAAGGAAGAGUGUCCUGCAGGAAGAUGACAACCUGGUGUCGUAUUACAAUGAUGACGCCAGAACACUGUACGAAGUCUUUCAGAGGGGACUACAAGUGUCAGGUAAUGGACCAUGUCUAGGCUACAGGAAAACAGGGAAACCAUAUCAGUGGCUAAAAUACAAACAGGUGUCGGACAGAGCUAAGCACCUUGGGUCAGGACUAAUCCACAGAGGCCUAAAGCCAAAACCUGAUACCUUCAUUGGUAUUUUUGCUCAGAACAGACCAGAGUGGAUUAUCAGUGAGCAGGCCUGCUACACCUAUUCCAUGGUGGUGGUGCCCCUGUAUGACACCCUGGGACCUGAGUCACUGACGUUCAUUAUUAAGAGAGCGGAUAUCUCCACAGUGCUGUGUGACAAACAGAACAAAGCUGAGAUAUUGCUGGAAAACUGUGAAAAAGGGGAGACACCAGGGCUUAAAACCAUCAUUCUCAUGGAUGCCUUCGAUACUGAGCUGAUUGCCCGGGGCAAAAAGUGUAAUGUGGACAUCCUGUCCCUGCAAGAAGUGGAGGUGCUGGGGAAAAGCAAUCUACACCAACCAGUUCCACCAAAGCCAGAGGACCUCAGCAUAAUAUGUUUCACCAGUGGAACUACAGGUGACCCAAAAGGAGCCAUGCUUACUCAUGAGAAUGUGGUCGCUGAUGCAGCUGGUGUGAUAAAAACCUUUGAGAGUUCCGUGGUUCCCAAUAUCCAGGAUGUGUCCAUCUCCUUCCUGCCACUGGCACACAUGUUUGAGAGGGUUGUACAGACAGUGAUAUACGGGGCUGGGGGCAAGGUUGGAUUCUUUCAGGGAGACAUCAAACUUCUACCAGAUGACAUGAAGAAUCUGAAACCGACAAUUUUCCCUGUGGUGCCGCGACUUCUGAACCGUGUGUAUGACAAAGUCCUAAGUGGAGCCCAAACCCCCUUCAAGAAGUGGCUGUUGAAUUUAGCAAUUGACAGGAAAUAUGCUGAAGUGAAACAGGGAAUCGUCAGAAAAGACAGUAUAUGGGACAAGCUCAUCUUCCACAAAGUUCAGGAGUCGCUGGGGGGACGAGUACGAGUGAUGGUGACAGGGGCAGCACCCAUUUCUCCCGCUGUUCUCAAUUUCCUUCGGGCUUCUCUGGGUUGUCAGAUUUUUGAAGCAUAUGGCCAAACAGAGUGUACUGCCGCCUGCUCCUUCACCAUGCCGGGAGAUGUCACCCCUGGACAUGUUGGAGCUCCUGUAACGUGUAAUAUUGUAAAACUGGUCGACGUUGAGGAGAUGAACUACUUUUCUUCCAAUGGCGAAGGAGAGGUUUGCAUCAAGGGUAAAAAUGUGUUUGUAGGCUAUCUGAAAGACCCAGAGAAGACAGCAGAGGCCUUGGACAAAGAUGGCUGGCUACACACUGGAGAUAUUGGCAAAUGGCUACCGAGUGGAGUCCUAAAGAUCAUUGACCGAAAAAAGAACAUCUUCAAGCUGGCUCAGGGAGAGUACAUUGCCCCUGAGAAGAUAGAAAACGUCUACAUACGCAGUGCACCAGUAGCCCAGGUGUUUGUCCACGGAGACAGUCUUCAGGCCAGCUUGGUAGCCAUUGUGGUUCCUGAUGCAGAAGUUAUGCCCAGUUUUGCUGCCAAGCUAGGAGUCCAGGGGUCUAUGGAGGAGCUGUGCAAAAGUCAAGCAAUUAAAAAGGCCAUUCUUUCUGACAUGGUCAAGCUGGGUCGGGAAGCAGGGCUGAAAUCUUUCGAGCAGGUGAAAGACUUGUAUUUGCACCCAGAGCAGUUCACCAUAGAGAAUGGCCUUCUCACUCCUACUUUGAAGGCAAAGAGAGCCGAACUGAAGAUGCUUUUCCAGCUGCAGAUUGACAGCCUCUAUACUAACUUGCAGUGACUGGUCUUGAGGGGGUCACUCCUGUUUCACUUUGGGGAUAUCUUAUUCGACAGUUCUGUGAAUAAAUACAUUUUACUGUAACUAUUUGGAAAUUACAUUGGGAAAAUUAAAAUUACAAAGUAAUAACAUUUGUUUAUUUUGGAUUAAAAAAGCACCAACACUAUCAGAGUAACUGUAGUUACCACAUAACAGUUUGUGAUACUAUCAAAUAAUAUGUAACCAAUUUGAUUGUUUCAAAAUGAUAUUCACAUGACUGUGGAAUUAUGUUCAGUUUUUUUCAUUAGUCGAUGAUAUAACUGUGCACUGUAUACUCCUGAAAGACAGGUUGUACACCUCUAGAAAUAGAUUUCCUAGAAAGAGAAUGUUUCUAUGAGUCUUUCAAUUAGCCAUUUACCAACAAUAAAUUUCAAGUUUAACUGAUAA